UGGCUUUGACACAAAGUGUACAUUGCGUUUAUAAUUAGACUAUUCARCCAAUUGAUAUACAUUUUCUUCUAUUUUUAAACUUUUCUAUUAAUGAACUGUUAGUACAAGAGUUUAGACAUAAUUUUUCGAAAAUCUAGUCAUAAAAAGUAGCAAAUUUAGUUGGAUUUUGUGAUUGACAUCUGCAUCUUGUCGACAAUUCAAUCAUGGAAUUUGUCAAGGAAGUUCACAACGAUAUCCUGAAGUCUUCGCAGGAUGAUCGCGAAUAUCGAGGACUUGUUCUGAAUAAUAACAUGAAGGUGUUGUUGAUUAGUGAUCCCACAUCAGAGAAAGGUGCAGCAGCCAUGGAUGUGCUCAUAGGUAGUAUGUCAGAUCCUAGUGAUUUACCGGGACUUGCUCACUUCUGUGAACAYAUGCUGUUCCUAGGAACAGAGAAAUAUCCAGAAGAGAAUGCCUACACACAGUUUCUUACAGAACAUGGUGGAUCAUCUAAUGCAUUUACUUCUGGUGAACACACCAACUACUACUUUGAUGUCAAACAUGAUUGUCUUUCACAAGCACUAGACUUAUUUGCCCAGUUUUUCUUGUGUCCUCUGUUUAAUGCUGAUGCUACUGAAAGAGAAGUCAAUGCUGUUGAUUCAGAAAAUUCUAAGAAUAUGCUUCAAGAUAUGUGGCGCUUAAACCAGCUUGACCGGUCCACAGUUGAUCCAAGCCAUCCUUACUGCAAGUUUAGCACAGGCAAUAAGAUCACAUUAGAUGCAAGACCAAAAGAAAGAGGUGUAGAUGUCCGAGAAGAGCUUCUAAAGUUUCAUUCCACUUAUUAUUCUUCUAAUAUCAUGGGUUUAAGUGUCCUUGGAAGAGAUUCUUUAGAUAAACUGACAGAUAUUAUAGUCAAGCUAAUGUCCAAUGUAGCAGAUAAAAAAGUUGAUGUUCCACACUUUCCAAACCAUCCUUAUGGAAAUGACCAAGUACAGACAUUAUUCAAGGUAGUUCCAGUCAAAGACCUUAGAAUUCUCAAUCUAAUGUUUCCCAUUCCAGAUAUGAGUAAACAUUACUAUUCCAAGCCAAGUCAUUACAUAUCACAUUUAAUUGGACAUGAAGGAGAGGGUAGUUUAUUAUCAGAGCUCAAGAACAAAGGUUGGGUGAAUGCCCUUGUUGCUGGAGCACUAGAAGGUGCUAAAGGUUUCAUGUUCUUCAUGUGUAAUAUGGAACUUACUACACAAGGACAAGAGCAUCUUUAUGAGAUUACAUCAUGUGUGUUUCAAUACCUGAAGAUGCUUCAACAGCAGGAGCCACAGGAGUGGGUAUUCAGGGAAUGCCAGGCUCUUGCUGAAGUCCAAUUCCGUUUCAAAGACAAAGAAACUCCUAGGAGUUAUGUAUCACAUCUUGCUAGAUGUCUACAUGAUUACACCAUGGAUGAUGUGCUGCAAGGACAAGUUGUCAUGACUACCUUCGAACCGAAUCUUGUUAAAGAGAUUCUAUCACACUUAGUUGCAUCAAAAGUCAGAAUUAUAGCAGUAUCUAAGAACUUUGAAGGUAAAACAGACUUAAUUGAAGAGUGGUAUGGAACGCAGUAUUCCAUGGAAAAGAUUGACAACAAACAAAUUAAGGAAUGGGAGGAUGUACCUCUAAAUAGCGCCCUUAAAUUACCUAACAAAAAUGAAUUCAUUCCAACUGAUUUGGAUAUCAGAAAUUCUCCAACAGAAAUCUCUCCAUUCCCACAGCUUAUCAAGGAUAGUUCUUUGUCUAAAGUCUGGUUCAAACAGGACACUACUUUUCUUCUUCCUAAAGCUUGCAUGUUUUUUGAGAUAACAAGUCCUCUAGCAUACGUAGACCCUUUGACCAUAAGAGGGUAUAAUCACAAGCAAUCCAUACUGCUCCAGAAAAUUCUAGAAAAAAUGACUGCAUUUGUUGUUGAUCCCAAGAGAUUUGCUGUUAUAAAGGAAAGAUAUGAAUUAGGUUUACGUAAUUUCAAAGCAGAGCAGCCUCACCAGCAUGCUUUGUACUACACCUCAUAUGUACUAGAAGAGUUGGCAUGGCAUAAAGAUGAGCUACUAGAAGCUCUUGAUGAGGUUACUAUAGAAAAGCUUUGUAGUUUCAUCCCAUCUCUAUUAAAACACUUACAUGUUGAAUGUUUGAUACACGGCAACAUCACUAAAGAGGAAGCUCUUAGUAUCAUAGACAAGGUCGAGUCGAUGUUGACAGAGAAUUGUCACACCAAACCACUAUUGCCAUCACAGCUGAAAAGACACAGAGAAAUUCAACUACCGCAUAACUCAUCUCACGUCUAUGAAGCUGUGAAUGAAGUUCAUAGUAACACAAGUAUAGAGAUCUAUUAUCAGUGUGAUCUACAAGCAACGAAGAGUAACAUGCUGUUAGAAAUGUUUUGUCAGAUUAUUAGUGAACCAUGUUUCAAUGAAUUAAGAACCAAAGAACAGCUUGGUUACAUUGUCUUCAGUGGACCGAGACGAGGCAAUGGUGCACAGGGUCUUCGUUUCAUCAUUCAGUCCGAAAAGGAACCUUCACAUCUAGAUUCUCGUGUCGAGGCAUUCUUACAAGGGUUUGAGGAAAGACUCCAAGAAAUGCCUGUAGAAGAGUUCAAUAAACACAUUGAAGCACUCGCUGUUAAAAGACUCGAAAAAYCCAAGAAAUUAAAAACAGAAUCAUUGAAAUACUGGUCUGAAAUCAUAUCAAGACAGUACAACUUUGACCGAGAUAAUAUCGAAGUUGCUUUUCUGAAAACAAUGACAAAGGAUGAUUUGUUGGAGUUUUACCAGUGUCUCCUGGCCGUAAAUGCACCUAGAAGACAUAAGCUUGCCGUUCAUAUUCUGACAAAACAAAUGUAUCAAAAUCAACCACCAAUUACAGCAACUAAGGACUCAGUCGAUGCCAGCCCUAAUGGUACUCUAGCACAGCCUGUUUUUAUCACAAACGUGGCGGAGUUCAAGAGUAGUCUACCUCUUCUUCCUCUCGUUCCUCCCUACGAUAGUCAGGCAACUAAAUCUAAGUUAUAAUGAUUUCUAUACAUACAUUGAUUCUGUCUGGAUUUACCCUGCGCAAAGAGAAAUUUCGAAAAUCUUACUCCCCAGCAGCGCUCUCGGCUAAAGAAGAAAAAAUGUCUAGAGAUUUUGUUAAAAUUUAGGUUCGAGCAAAUUAUGUCGAACAAAAUAGGACAUUUUUUCAGACACUACUUUCCAGAGUUAGGGGAAAGGAUUCUUAGAACAUUCUUUGUUCACGGGGUUGUUUAGCUUAGAAAAUGAUAUUAUCUACAGCAAUAUACAGAAAUUAUCAUCAUUUUGACUCAUACUCCAAGUACAUAUAGAAUAUAUCAGAAAUGAUGUGAUAUCAUCGACAAUAUUGUUUUUUCACUAAUGCUAGGCAACAAAUAUCAGCGAUGAUAUUCCAUAAUUUCUGAUAUAUUGUAUAAUACUUGAAACAUGGCUCAAAAUGAUCCUAAGUUAUGCAAUUUGCUGAAAAUCAAUAUAUAUAAUCAUAUAUCAUAUACAAUAUUAGCAAUGUAAAACGACGUCAUUUCUUGAAGCAAAGCAUGACGGGAAGUAUUGCACUCGUUUUGUUUUUCAAAUGUCCACAAAAAUGAUUCCCAAAAGUAGCUUUACUGUUUCCUAAAUACUCACAGCGUGAGGGCAAUAUUUAUGCUUGUCAUGUUUAAAUCUAGUGAAGUGGUGUCGCUCCACAUUCACUUUUCGGUAGACUUUAAUUCUAUAGUCAUCUAAAUGCUGGUUAUCUGCGAGCUGAAGGCUUCGUGGUCCACAAGGUCGAGAGGUAUAAUUGUUUUAUCAUUCAUGUUGUACCAAACCUAAAUUAAUGUUAUGGUUCUCCAGAAAAAUAUGUUAAGAUCGAGAGAUAACGUCAGACAUUGUCGUUGUGUUUAGGAUAUAGGAUUAAUAGACUGUUGUGUUUUUGAAUACGACACUGAUAUUAUCGGCCUCUUAAAAGUAUUUUCCUUUAGUGUUCGACUCACAAUAGGUAGUAAAAAUGGCAAUUUUUAAAGAGGUCAUCAUAUUUGCCAAAUAUGGUCAAAGUAAUUGACAUAUCUGAAUAUUCAUGGUGUUUCGGAAAAAAAUGAAAAUUUACAGGAAUGUGAUGCUUUAACAAUACUAAUAAAAUAUUGUAUUCAAAAAUGAAAAUAUUAAAACGAUUGAU